AUGAAAAGAUCGGAGUAUCUCGAGACGAUCACAUGCCUUCUGAUAUUUUCGCUGAGUAUGAUUGUGAAGACAUACAAGGUGGAGAACGGAAACUUUGUGGUGUGGGAUGAGGCGCACUUUGGCAAAUUUUCUGCAAAAUACCUGUCGAGGAAGUUCUAUUUUGAUGUGCAUCCUCCGCUUGGUAAGAUGCUGAUAUCUCUUGGAGGAUAUAUCUUCAACCAGCCACUGGACUUUGAGUUCAAGUCUGGAGAAGAGUAUCCAAAGGCAUUUGACUAUUCAGGAAUGAGGAGAUUCCAUGCAUUCAUAGCAUCAUUUACGCCCUUGUUUGGAUACUUGAUACUUAAGGAGCUUAGAUUUUCAUAUAGGCGCAGGUUUGCGUUGUCUCUAAUGUUUGUGUUUGAGAAUGGAUUCACAUCGAUUGGAAGACUGAUUCUUCUUGACUCGUAUUUGCUCACAUUUACUGCAGCAGUGUCGUACUUCAUGACAAGGCUGCACUUCAGGUCGAGGCCACAUACAGACGCAUACUCUCUGUUUAUGCUGGGGUUGAUGCUUGGAUGUGCAUUGAGCGUGAAGUGGAUAGGGUUUCUGACAAUGAGCCUGGUGGGUGUGUUUACAGUGUACCAACUAUGGUGCAAUAUCACAUCUAAGGUUGGCAUGCUGCCGUUCGUCAAGAUGUUUGCCUCACGAGUGCUUUUUUUGAUAGCACUUCCAUUGAGUGUGUAUGUACUGCUGUUCUAUAUCCACUUCCAAAUAGUCAACCGUAGCAGCAGUGAUGAGGUACAGAUGAGCUCGAUGUUUCAGGCAUCUCUUAAGGGAAACGAAGUAAGCAACAACAGGAAGUAUCCUUUGUAUGGAACACAGGUGACAAUCAAAUCAACAAGAGCAGGCGGAGGAUAUCUUCACUCACACGACCAUGCAUAUCCUGGAAGCAUCAACAAUCAAGUGACAACAUAUCAUCACAAGGAUGAAAACAACCACUGGGCAUUUCAGAAGGUGACUGACGACUUGAAGGAUGCAGACUACAUCUUGGAUGGAGAUGUUGUGAUUCUGUUGCAUCUUGAAACCAGGAUGUAUUUGAAUGUUCCUGGAACCAAGUCGUUGGUUUCGAGUGGAAAGCGAGUCGAAGCUCUUUCUGGCACAAAGAUCUUGGAGUCAUGCCUGUUCAAGGUUGAAGUAGUGGAAGAUGCCUUGGAGAACGAAAGCAGGCUUAAGACACUUACAACAAAGUUCAGGCUGCUUAAUACCAGCACAGGAUGCUAUCUCAAGGCGUCUCUCAAAAAGUAUCCAUCUUGGGGAUUUGGCCAAGGAGAAGUAGCAUGCACUCAGAAUCCAGACGAAUCUUCACUGUGGAAUGUAGCAGAAUGCAGGUCUGAUAAGCUGGGCGAAGAUAAAAACCCAAUCUACAGCGAAGCAGCUGCAUAUCCAUUCGUCAAAAAGCUUAUAGAGCAUAACAAGGCAAUGCUUGUCACAAAUGCAUCCUUCACACAGGACGACAGCCUUGAGCCAGAAAGAAGCGUCUCAAGGCCGCACGAGUGGUUUAUUCUCAAGAGGGGGCUGAGAAUGACCUCGUGGAAUGGGCCAAAGGAAAAAUUCUACAUGUUUGGGAAUCCAUUUACGUGGUACUCUUCGAGUAUUUGCAUAGUUGCUUCCCCAGUCAUUCUUCUUUGUAGAGUCAUUACAAAAAAGAGGAGUGGAAUGCCUGUGAAGUUCCUUAAAACCGAAGGAUUUGCUGUAUUCAUUGCAUUCUGUGGGUGGUUUCUACACUACAUCCCGUUCUUCUUUGUCAAAAGAGUGCUCUAUUUCCAUCACUAUUACCCAGCGCUGUUUUUUGGAUUGCUCUCAAUUUGCUAUGUGUCCAAGUUCUUACAGUUCAAAUCCACGGCCCUCUUCAUUUCGAUUACAAUAGCAUCAUUCUUGAUGUACUCGCAACCCACAUAUGGAUUUGUGCAAGAGCCAAAAAUGCUUCGCAUGCUUAGACUCAUUCCAACAUGGGACUUCACAGACAGUAAAUAA